AUGAAAUAUUUGACUCUCAUUACUAGUUUAGUAUCCACGGCUUCGGCCACCAUCUACUAUGCUGGUGUCGCCGAGUCAGGUGGCGAAUUUGGUGUAUGGAGCGCUGAUGCCAAGAAGGGCACCGGUUUGCCUGGAACCUUUGGCGUCGACUACCAAUUCAUCGAUAAGACCGGAAUCGACGUCCACGUAGACCAAAAUCACCUAAAUCUCUUUCGCAUAGCCUUCUUGCUCGAGCGAAUGGCCCCAGUUGCGACUGGUUUGGGGAAGACUUUUAAUGAAACUCAUUUCGAUUACUUCAAGGAAUCAGUCGACUACGUAACGGUCACCAAGGGCGCGUAUGCCAUCCUAGACCCUCACAAUUACAUGCGAUACAAUGAUCCGUCAUCCCAGCCGUAUUCCGGCAGCGUGAUCGGUAACACAUCGGACUCCACUGCUGCCACGACGGAGCAAUUUGGCGAAUUCUGGGGUGAGCUCGCCAAACGCUUCGCGGAUAAUGAGAAAGUCAUAUUCGGAUUGAUGAAUGAGCCGCACGACAUGGAAACUAGCCUUGUGUUGAAGAACAAUCAGGCCGCUAUUGAUGCUAUCCGUGCCGCGAACGCGAGCAACUUAAUCCUUCUUCCCGGAAAUAGUUGGGCUGGAGGUCACGCAUGGUCCCAGGGUCCAGACCCCAAUAGUGCAAUCAUCCAGGACUUCAAGGAUCCUUUGAACAACACGGCAAUCGAUAUUCAUGAAUAUCUCGAUGUGGACUAUAGCGGUAGCCACAGCGAGUGCGUUAGUGGGCCGGCGACUAAUUUAGCAGAUGUGACAGCGUGGCUUAAAGAGAAUAAUCUCAAAGCGUUCAUCACCGAGUUCGGCGGACACAAUAACACGGGAUGCGAUGACAUGUUAACUGACUUCAUCAAAUACAUGGACGACAACGGCGUGUAUAUUGGAUGGACGGCGUGGGCGGCUGGUCCAUUCUGGGGCUCUGCGAGUCCGUGCUGCACAGAUUCUAAGAACUAUGGCAGCUUCGAACCUGGGAGCAAAUCUGCUGACGGUGGUCCGAGUCUGUACGAUACUGUCUGGUUGAAAGUCCUACAACCGCUCGUCCCGAGUAAAUUGCAGUGGGCGGGUAAAGCGAGUGUGGCAGGAGGCGAGCUGGCCGAGUUCCCCGCAUAA